GCUCCACGCUGCACCCACCCCAUCCCCUCAUUUCACUUUGAGCUUCCAGCUGCUAGCUAGCUCCAGCUCCAAGAGCAGCCCCUCUUGCAUUGCUAGCUACGCUACGCGCCAUGGCCACCGUCCUGAGCAGCCUCCGCGCGCCGGCCAGCUUCUUCCCCGGCCUCCGCGCGGCCGCCCCGGCGCCCGCCACCGUCGCGGUGCCCGCCGCCAAGCAGCAGCAGGUCGCUCGCGGCGCCAGGCUGCGCGCGCAGGCCACCUACAACGUGAAGCUCAUCACGCCCGACGGCGAGGUGGAGCUGCAGGUGCCCGACGACGUGUACAUCCUGGACCAGGCCGAGGAGGAAGGGAUCGACCUGCCCUACUCCUGCCGCGCGGGGUCCUGCUCCUCCUGCGCCGGCAAGGUCGUCUCCGGCAGCGUCGACCAGUCCGACCAGAGCUUCCUGGACGACGACCAGGUCGCCGGCGGCUGGGUGCUCACCUGCGCCGCCUACCCCACCUCCGACGUCGUCAUCGAGACCCACAAGGAGGAGGAGCUCACCUCCUAGAUCUUUCUGAUGCCUGGCGUCGUAAUACCACAUGCAUGCUACUACUAUGCUUGCUUAUUAUUAUUAUUAUUAUCUCCGUUGAUUUCUUGGUUACGUGUUGAUUACCGUCGUGCUACUUAAUUGGUUUGCAAUUGAGCUAUAUAUAUGUAAUUUGGUUUGCAAAUGUCGAGUUUAUUAGCUUCUUUUUUUU